CAUAUUAGCAGUUGCAGGUACUGUACGGCAAAUAUAUAAGGUAUUUGAAAUCAACUGUAACGUUGUGAUCAUUUAUGUUACCAAGUGCGGUAAUGUUAUAAUUUGUCUUUCGUAUACGAAAUCCGUUUAUAACAUGAAUAACUUUUCUCUGUCACAUGCAACGGAGCUGUUGGUUAGCAAUGUUUUUGAAACAAGAUUUAAUAACAUGGACAACAACUCCGAUGUAGCCAGCAGACCUGAAAGGAACCAAGAGUUAGCCUGGGCUGAGAUCACUCUCCUGGGGUUGAUUUUCAUUUCUGCCUCGAUCGGCAAUUCAAUCCUGGUAAUGGCUCUUUGGAGAAGAAGAAAGAGAAUGUCUCGGAUGUAUAUUUUCAUGAUGCACCUCAGCGUCGCUGAUUUGGUAGUGGCAACCUUUCAGGUUCUCCCACAGCUUAUCUGGGAAAUAACGGAUGUCUUCUUGGGCCCCGAUCUUCUGUGCAGAGGCAUUAAGUACAUGCAACUAGUUGGCAUGUAUGCAUCUACCUACAUGACAGUAGCAAUGACUGUCGAUCGUUUUCAGGCUGUUUGUUACCCAAUGGUGACUUUCCAAAAGAAAAGGGCUUUCUGGAAUGCUGCUAUCUGUUCGAGUUGGUGUGUGGCUUUUAUCUUCAGCCUGCCCCAAGUCUUCAUCUUUUCCAAAACUGAAAUUGAUCCGGGGGUCAGUGAAUGCUGGGCUAAGUUCAUCAUGCCCUGGGGUUUAAAGGCUUACAUAACUUGGGUCUUCAGCAUGAUAUUUUUUAUUCCAACGAUUGUACUUCUCAUAUGUCAAGUUCAGAUUUGUAGAAUAAUUCAGAUCAAUAUAUACAGCAAGACUCACAGUGAUUUCAAGCAUAAUCAGAAGCAGAUCCAGUCAUACCGAGCCAGUAAUGCCAAUUGCUUCUCAAAAGCAAUGAUUAAGACAGUGAAAAUGACGGUGGUGACAGUGGUCGUGUAUGUCUUAUGCUGGGCUCCUUUCUUUAUUGCGCAGUUGUGGUCUGUUUGGUUUCCCAGUGACACCACUCAAGGUUCCGUGUUCACAAUUAUAAUGCUGCUGGGGAAUUUGAACAGCUGUACCAACCCUUGGAUUUAUAUGUAUUUCUGUGGUCACAUACCCUGCUGCAGAAAAUCUCAAGACAGCAGUUCAAUCCGUGAAGACUCAGCUGUGUCAAUGACAGCCAGUAUCAAUUUAGAAGAAAAGACACCUAUUGAUAACUUCACAUCAUUAUAAACUGUACUGUGCACCCUUUGGACUGUUCUUAGGAAUGCUUUCCUCAUUGUUUAUAGCAAGUCAAUGUGAUAAAUAGGAGCUUGCUAUUAAAAAAAAACAACUAUUUUUUAAAGAGAGUAUAAACAGUUAGGUUAAAAUGGCCUUUUAAGAAAGGUGAAUGCACUUCUAACCCUCUCUAAACCAUUUGAAAAGAACUGCAAAUCUGAUUUAAAUAAUCAAAACAGGCUUUGUAAAAACUGCCUUUAACAAAACAUUCCUUAGAACAGUCCCUACAGUUUUGUGAACGGGAUCAUAUAUUUUGUUUGUUUAAAAUAUAUAUGUACUUGUUUAGUAAAUAUUAAAACAUAUAUUUCCGUAUACUAUUUCCAUUCAGAAAUGUAUUUGAAUGUACCAUACUAAGGAAUUGCCAUUAAUGGGAGGUUGUGGACACAUCUAGUUUCUACCUUGUUAUUCAUUUUGUGUCUCUUUUCUGUGGUAGGAUAUUGUAUACAUGUUUCAAAAAAUGUUUUUUUAAAUGUUUAAUCUUUAAAACAAUAGUGUGGGUUGUGCUGGAAAACCACCUCUCUGUGGCUGAAGUCACGGGUCCAUCUAUAUUUAGUUACAUAGAUUAGACCUUCAAAAAUAAAAUCAGUUUUUAGAAAUAAGCAGGUAAUUCAAACUCAUGUUGCUGUUUUGUCAAUAACAUGUUUAGUAUGCAUACACUGUAGGCAUACUACCCUGAGUGUAUUUAUUAACGCUGCCCCCAUUCUUUUGAUUUUAUUUUGAUGACUUGUUAGGUUCCAGAAUUAAUUUGUGGCUAAGUUAUUCCAUUAAAGGAGCAUCAUAUUUUAAUAAAAUUGAAUGCUUAAAAGGACUACUAUACUUGUUUUAAAUUAGAUAUUGAAAUGAAUGUGAGGGUAUAGGGACUGCCUUGUGGUUUUAUGAAAAUAUAUAUAGAUAUUUAAAUUAAUGCGAGGGUAGGGACUGUUUUGUGCUUAUUUUCUCUAUUUAGCAACGUUCGCAAACCCUAAGGCAAUCGCAAAACACUUCUGCGUACAGUUAGUGCACCAAAAUCUGGUGCACACGUGGGCAAAUAGACUUUGCCCAUCUUAUAAAUAUCAUAAUAACUGUAAUAAAAACGCUCUGGAACAAUGAGCAUUUGUGCACAUGUAAAUUAAUUGAAAUACAAAAAUAAAGCAUAAAAUGCAUAAAUGUGAGUACAUUUACUCAAAAUCCGAAAGGAAGGUUUGUAACGUUCCACACUGUAAAUAAAGUGUUAAAGGUUGAAACAUAAAUGGCAUGCACUGUAUUAUAGAAACAUUUCAGUGGCUGUGUAAUUUAAACUGCAAUGUUUCCUCUUGUAUGUUUUGUGCGUGUAAAGUGUUGUCUAAAACAAUUCAAAUUAAAUGUAUUUU